AUGACGGCAGAGGUGCAGCCAGCCCCGCGCGCGCAGCCCCCUCCCCCUUGCCCUCCUCCCCCUCCCCCUCCUCUUCCUCCUCCUCCUCCUCCUCCCGGCUCGUCGGCGGCGCAGAGCAGCAGCGGCAGCGGCGGCGGCGGCAGCAGCCACCCGAUGUCUUCGGCGCCCGAGAAGCAGCAGCCACCGCACGGCGGCGGCGGGGGAGGCGGCGCGGCCAUGGACCCCGCGUCGUCCGGCCCGUCCAAGGCCAAGAAGACCAACGCCGGCAUCCGGCGCCCCGAGAAGCCGCCCUACUCGUACAUCGCGCUCAUCGUCAUGGCCAUCCAGAGCUCGCCCACCAAACGCCUGACGCUCAGCGAGAUCUACCAGUUCCUGCAGAGCCGCUUCCCCUUCUUCCGUGGCUCCUACCAGGGCUGGAAGAACUCCGUGCGCCACAACCUCUCGCUCAAUGAGUGCUUCAUCAAGCUGCCCAAGGGCCUCGGGCGGCCGGGCAAGGGCCACUACUGGACCAUCGACCCGGCCAGUGAGUUCAUGUUCGAGGAGGGCUCCUUUCGGCGGCGGCCGCGCGGCUUCCGAAGGAAAUGCCAGGCGCUCAAGCCCAUGUACAGCAUGAUGAACGGGCUCGGCUUCAACCACCUCCCGGACACCUACAGCUUCCAGGGCUCCGCCGGCGGCCUCUCGUGCCCGCCCAACAGCCUGGCGCUGGAGGGAGGUCUGGGCAUGAUGAACGGCCACUUGCCGGGCAACGUGGACGGCAUGGCUUUGCCCAGCCACUCGGUGCCCCACCUGCCCGCCAACGGUGGCCACUCGUACAUGGGCAGCUGCGGCGCCGCGGCGGCCGGCGAGUACCCGCACCACGACAGCUCGGUGCCUGCUUCCCCACUGCUGCCCGCGGCCGCCGGUGGGGUCAUGGAGCCCCACGCCGUCUACUCAGGCUCCGCGGCCGCCUGGCCGCCCUCCGCCUCCGCGGCGCUCAACAGCAGCGCCUCCUACAUCAAGCAGCAGCCCCUGUCCCCCUGCAACCCCGCGGCCAACCCCCUGUCCGGCAGCCUCUCCACGCAUUCCCAGGACCAGCCGUAUCUGCACCAGAACAGUCACAACAUCCCAGCUGAGCUGCAAGGCAUCCCGCGGUAUCACUCGCAGUCGCCCAGCAUGUGUGACCGAAAGGAGUUCGUCUUCUCUUUCAACACAAUGGCAUCCUCGUCCAUGCACUCAGCCGGCGGUGGCUCUUACUACCACCAGCAGGUCACCUACCAAGACAUCAAGCCCUGCGUGAUGUGA